CAUUUUCUCUUAAGAUCUUGUGCCAAACAAAAAACUCAAAAACCUAUCAAAUAGUACAAUGGAUCAUGGUAACAUGCCACCACCAUCACCAUCAUCAAUGGCGAAUCAUACCGAACCUCACAUGAUGGUGAUGCAUAUGACCUUCUUCUGGGGCAAGAACACGGAGGUUCUCUUCUCCGGCUGGCCUGGGACAAGUUCCGGCAUGUACGCUCUAUGUCUCAUUGUCGUCUUCCUCCUCGCUGUAAUCGCGGAAUGGCUUGCCCAUUCUGCGAUCCUUAGUGGUCGUGGCUCCACCAACUGCGCCCCAGGGAUUGCUCAGACCGCUGUGUACACACUCAAGACAGGCCUUGCGUAUCUCGUGAUGCUCGCCGUUAUGUCCUUUAACGUUGGUGUUUUCAUCGUGGCUAUCGCGGGAUUCUCCGUGGGCUUCUUUCUCUUUGGAAGCACUGCUAUCAAGAAACCCUCCAAUGACGACCGGAAAACCGCCGAACCUCUCUAGCCGACGUCAGUCUGCGUUUGCUUAACCAAAAACAAUUAUUAUUGUUACUUACUUGUAAAGAACAUUUUGUUUGUAUGUUAUUUGCAUUAAUAUAAAAAAACCAAGUUACCCCCAUUCCAAUUUUUGGAAGAAAUUUGGCCAUUUUUUUAAUUAUAUAAAAAUGAUAUACAAAACUUAUAGUUCCAAUCUAUCUAUAUGUGACUAUAUGCCUUGUUGCCAUUAAAAAGCUACAAAGGACAACAAAUACACACCGUGCAUCGUUGACGAGACAAUAAAUAAAUAAGUAGGCUAAACGGCAAGGUUCACGCCUUUUUUUUCUUAGGAAAGUGUAAAUGAUCCGAGAGGGAGGCACUAAUUGGUUUCGUUUGGACGCUAAAAUGCUUGGAGUACUUAAUUAGAUUAUUCUCCAAAUAUUCUAUUUCAUGUCAAUCUUGUAAGGAUCGACUCGCUUUUAACUUUCUUCUGUUUUUGCUUUCUUACUGCAACGCAAAGACAACUUUGACUUUCUUCUUCAAGAUGUCUAUAGAACUUAUAACCUACAUAUUCUUUACUUCGUUUGUUCAAAUUUAUUAAAUUCUUUAAAAUAUAUAUAAGUUUAUAUAUAUAAAAAAAAUAUUGCCCACUUUGAGAAAGAACUCGAAUAAAAGAGAAAAAUGAUAUAACAGGCCGAGCCGAAUUCAAGAACAAAAGAGCACAAACAACACACCAUGAAUCCUAGAACUUAAAGCUGAGGAGGUUGUGAGUUUUAUUAGAGUCCGAUCCUAAAGAAGAAAUGACACUGGUGACAUCUCUUAAUAUUUUCGGCUUAUAAAAAAAGUGGAGAGUUUUUAGCAAACGCUCAAGAAAUCUUCUAGAAAUGCCAAAAACCUAGGUCUGUUUUGCUCGUCCAAAUGUUGACAAUCUUGGUGCAAGAGAUCAAUGCUGACAAACUGAUCAACUCGAACAAGGGUGCUCUUCAAACGCUUAGCCAACAAGCUUCGAUAUGACUUUAACACAGCACCUUACCGGGUCAUGCGGUUUUGUAUUUACAUCUUUGUUACACAGACUAAUCCCACUUCCCUUCUCACCAUUCAAACAGUAGCCGGAAAAGCAAAAAAGGUCAUAAAAAAAAAA